AUGCUUGGGGCCCCGUGGGACGUCCGUGGGGGAGCCAGGGGCUCAGCUCCAACAGGCUGGCGCCCUACGCACUGGACAAGCUGUUCGGUCCAGGUCAGACUACAGACCCAACCAAAGCCACAGGCUGGGCAGUCUCCACUCUAUUCUGGGACCUUUGACUGUUUCAGAAAGACUCUUGUUAGAGAGGGAGUUCGAGGCCUCUAUAAAGGAAUGGCAGCUCCUAUUAUCGGAGUGUCUCCCAUGUUUGCUGUGUGCUUCUUUGGAUUUGGCCUGGGGAAGAAACUCCAGCAGAGGAAACCUGAUGACAUUCUGACUUAUCCUCAGCUGUUUGCUGCUGGCAUGUUAUCUGGAGUGUUCACAACGGCAAUCAUGGCACCGGGAGAAAGGAUCAAGUGCCUUUUGCAGAUCCAAGCUGCAUCAGGUGAAAUUAAGUACAGUGGCCCAGUGGACUGUAUGAAGCAGCUAUAUCGUGAGGCUGGAAUUCGAGGCGUGUACAAGGGAACUGUGCUCACUCUCAUGAGAGAUGUUCCAGCCAGUGGAAUGUACUUCAUGACAUACGAAUGGCUGAAGAACACUCUGACCCCUGAGGGAAAGAGUGUCAGUGACCUCAGUGUGCCCCGGGUUCUCUUCGCUGGAGGCAUGGCAGGGAUCUUCAACUGGGCUGUUGCCAUUCCUCCAGAUGUGCUGAAAUCCCGCUUCCAGACUGCUCCUCCAGGAAAAUAUCCCAAUGGCUUCAGAGAUGUGUUGAGGGAGCUUAUCCGAGAGGAAGGUGUGUCCUCCCUGUAUAAAGGGUUCACAGCUGUUAUGAUCAGGGCCUUUCCAGCUAAUGCGGCUUGUUUCCUUGGUUUUGAAGUUGCUAUGAAGUUGCUGAACUGGAUUUUGCCAGGUCUGUGAAGACAAGGAAGUACCUCCUGGGGACUGAUGAGACAGAAAGAAGAAUGCAGCACUGAAUAAAAUGAAUAAUGAAUUGAGAAGCUCUAGGAAUUACUACUUGUCUAAUACCUUACCUCUAAUGCCUUACUUACUUACCCUCUGGACAGUGUGAUACGUGCCAUUCAGAAACUUAAGCCAUAACUCUGGAGAGAGCUCAUAAAGUGUUGGAGGUGUGAAAACACCUUGCACCUGAGCCAAACAUACCAUAGCAGUAAUGCUGCUAAUUGACAGCUCUCAUGUUAAACACACUUCUUUUAUGUACUUCCUCAUGGAAGCAGGGGAUAUUUUUAAGCUUUGAUUCUUUGUUUACUGAAGAAACAUUCAGCUGUUGUUGGUGAAAAACUUGAGAUCACAAUUAUUAGCCAAAGUCCACUUAAUUUUCAGGAUCUAGCAUAAUACCUAAUUGCACAUGUCAGUAUGAGAUACUAUUUUACAUUGGCUGUAGAUACAGUCUUUUCCUGUUGCCUUGAUGUAUUGAAGCCACAGCUGUUAGUAUAUUGACAGUGGUUUUAAUUUUAUGUACAUGCAAUGGGAGAAUAUAGAACUGAGCAGGCUUGUGUCCAGAAGCUACAAAUUCUGGGAGAUAGUGUGGGAAUUAUAAAGCACUGUGAAGGACCUUGCAUUGUGACAACCUUGAACAAAUUCAAGGCUAAACUGUAAAGCUGAGAGCAAACAUGAGUUAUGCCAAGAUUUCUUGGUUAAACCUGUAGGAAGCAUUCAACAGAGAAAGAUUAUCUGAUCUAACUGCUUCUCCAAAUUCCUUUGGAACUUCAUUCCAUACUGAAGCAGUUCUUGCAGCCUUGGUGUAUUUCAUGCAUUCUGGGACAUGGUUACAGACCCAAGAAGUACCAAGAUUUCCAAGUGGGAAAUGUGCAGAAUUCCCAUUCUGGUUUGCCUAGCAGGGAUAGUCAGGCACACAGUCAAUGUUUAACUUUUUUACUUCUGUUCCUCAACUCAGCUUGAAGAGAUUUUGUUGAGCACAAUCAAAUUUUGAGCUGAGAAAUGACUGAUAUAGGCAAAGGGAGACACUUUCUCAUUUGUUCUGGUUGUGAUGCAAUGAUCCUGUGUUAAUCAGAACUCAAUAAAGUUUACUACUGCUCAGCUA